AUGGUCGCACAACAACAGGCAAACUGUAGAAUUUCGCUUCCUAUACUGUUUGUUUGUGUCCUUGUGUUAUUUGGCACCGAUUACUCGAAUAAGAAUGACAACGGAAAAUCAUAUAGUAAGAACAAUGAUCACAAUGUGCUUAACGUAAUAACUAGCAGAGUACUGAGAGGAUAUGAGCAAACUGAGAAUUAUGGUGAAUAUGAUCGUUUUAAGGAAAAAUUAGUGGGUUUAAUAGAUGAAGAUGAUAAUGAAUUUACAAGCCGCUUGAAAUCUUGUAUGAAAGAUGAUAAAUUUAAAGAACAAUUCAAUUUAUUAAUGAACGAUGAUGAUAUAACCUCAGAAUAUAAAGCAAUAAUCGGUGAUAAAUGUCCUAAAAACACACAUUCUAAUUUAGAACAUACUGUGAACGUUACUAUGGGCGAACGUAAAAAUUUAUCCAGUAAUAAAUAUGACUCACAAGAUUUUACUUCAGACUAUGAUUCUAGAAAUGUAAAAAAAUAUGGAAAUCCCAAUCAUAAUAAACGUAGCCAAAAUAACUCUUAUAAAAAGGAAGGUGACUAUGAUUAUAGCUCUGAUGAUGAUGACUUCCAUGGAAACUAUGACAAAUACAAUAAAAAAGACUAUGACAAAGACUAUGACAAAAACUAUGACACAGACUAUGACACAGACUAUGACACAGACUAUGACAGAAACUAUGACAAAUACAAUAAAAAAUACUAUAAAAAAGACUAUGACAAAAACUAUGACAAAAACUAUGACAUAGACUAUGACGCAGACUAUGACACAGACUAUGACAAAAACUAUGAUAAAUACAAUAAAAAAGACUAUGACAAAUACAAUAAAAAAGACUAUGACAAAUACAAUAAAAAAGACUAUGACAAAUACAAUAAAAAAGACUAUGACAAAUACAAUAAAAAAGACUAUGACAAAAACUAUGACACAGACUAUGACAUAGAUUAUGACAAAUACAAUAAAAAAGACUAUGACAAAAACUAUGACACAGACUAUGACAGAGACUAUGACAAAUACAAUAAAAAAGACUAUGACAAAAACUAUGACACAGACUAUGACAUAGAUUAUGACAAAUACAAUAAAAAAGACUAUGACAAAAACUAUGACACAGACUAUGACAGAGACUAUGACAAAUACAAUAAAAAAGACUAUGACAAAAACUAUGACACAGACUAUGACAGAGACUAUGACAAAUACAAUAAAAAAGACUAUGACAAAAACUAUGACACAGACUAUGACAGAGACUAUGACAAAUACAAUAAAAAAGACUAUGACAAAAACUAUGACAAAUACAAUAAAAAAGACUAUGACAAAAACUAUGACACAGACUAUGAUGAUGAAUAUGGAAAUAAAUAUGAAAAUAAGUACGAAAAUAAAUAUGAAAAUAAAUAUGAAAAUAAGCAUGAAGGAAAACAUGGAAGUAAAUAUGAAAAUCAACCUGUAAGUAAACCUGGAUUUCAACCUGGAAUGAAACCUGGAUUUCAACCUGGAUUCCAGCCUGGAUUUCAAACUGGAUUUCAACCUGGAUUUCAACCUGGAAUGAAACCUGGAUUCCAACCUGGAUUCCAGCCUGGAUUUCAACCUGGAAUGAAACCUGGAUUCCAACCUGGAUUUCAACCUGGAAUGAAACCUGGAUUCCAACCUGGAAUGAAACCUGGAUUCCAACCUGGAUUUCAACCUGGAAUGAAACCUGGAUUCCAACCUGGAUUUCAACCUGGAAUGAAACCUGGAUUCCAGCCUGGAUUUCAACCUGGAAUGAAACCUGUAUUCCAGCCUGGAUUUCAACCUGGAAUGAAACCUGGAUUCCAACCUGGAUUUCAACCUGGAAUGAAACCCGGAUUUCAACCCACAAAUCAAUAUGGAAAUGACAUCCAAAAAGCAAAUAAAGACAAAAGUCAGCGAAAAAAAAAAAGUAAUAAGAAGUCCUUUAAAAUACCUAUCGUUUCAGGGAUAAUUAAUUUUAUAAAAAAAACUGAUGCCAAAUAUCAAGCACUAAUAGUAGAAAUAUUUAAAGAAGAAAGGGAGAAAAACCCUACAUUUGAUGUGAAGUCACCUAAAUUAAGCUGUAAGAACGUGAUCAAAGUCCUUUUACCAAUUUUCGUAACAUCUGUCCUUUCUUUUAACACCCUCUUUUUUGUUGAAGGAAUAUAUGGAAUGAUCAUUGCACUAGUAUUAGUAUUUGCAUCAAUACUAUACGUUACAAGUAGAUACAAGAAAUCGAUUAUAACUUUAAACAAUUUAAUAAAGGCAGAAAAAACGCAACCGAAUAAGGAAGGUAAAGCGGAACCGAAUAAGGAAGUUAAAGCGGAACCGAAUAAGGAAGUUAAAGCGGAACCGAAAAAUGAAUUGAAAGUGAUGCCUAAGAAAGGAUGA